AUGGCAUCUUUCGGUUGUAUGUGGCACACAACGGCGGAAGAAGGAGUCGGCGACGAGCUCUUGCAGGAGCUCCUUGGCCGAUGGGAGACGCUGGACACUGCCAGUGUAUUCGCGCAAGACCAGCUGGCGGCAUUGUGGCGCGUAUCGUUUCCAACUGCGCCCGUGGAAUCCCCAAUGACUCCUCACCCGAGGUGGCUCGAGAUUGGGUUUUCAUCCCCGGAUCCGUGGCAAGACAUUCACACAUCGAUGCACCUGCACUGCCUCCUCUACGUGGCAGAACAUCAGAACAAGCUGUACAUGCGUUUGCUUCGGCGAAACAUCUUUCCUGUCGUGCAGACGUUGCUCCUUCUCCUCGACACCCUCGUGGCCCAUGUCGACGGCAAGGGACCGUGUCCGUGCUGCUCACGCCCCACUCAAGGGGAUCUCUUCUACGGGCUCGAAACACUUUAUGAAGAGCGCCGUGGCUCCGAGCUCGAACUUGUGUUCACAAGAAUGGUCAUUGAAUUUGACAAAUCGUCGUCUCGUCUGCCUGGUCGAUUCGCCGAAACACGUCAACUCAUCGAGCGCCUCAUGCGACAGCGACCCACGUGCCAAGACAUCCUUACCCUUCCUGUCGUACCAACAUGGUGCGAUAUCCUUCUCUGUCGAACGUAG